CAGAGCAGGAGGUUAGGGGGUUCCUGAGGCUCUGGAGAUGAGAAAGCCAAAAGUCCUUCCCCCUCUGAACCCCCAUCCCUACUGCAGCUGGAGGAGUUUUUCCAGUCUCUGUGCUCCCCCGGGGCGAGAGAGGUCAAGCAAGCCGUUGGGUGGGAAAAGAGAACUGGAGGAAGUUGACAGGGAUGGGCGGGGCCCGGGGGGGUGCUGACCAGGAACCCAGCUUCCUGCUCAGUACCCAGGCAUCCAGCCCCCGGCUCACCCCCACCCCUUUCAGCCCCUACUCCCCUCAGGAACUCAGGGUUCCGGCCCUCCUCCCAAAUCCCAGCUACCCCUCCCCUAUCCCCUAUCGGUUUCUCCCCUCCAGGGGAUGGAGGCUGAGAGACCCCAGGAAGAAGAGGAUGGCGAGCAGCAUCAGGGCCCCCAUCAGGAUGAGCAUGGCUGGCCCACUGUGAACACCAGCAAUCGGCCUUGGCGAUCUGCUCCUCCGUCCCCUCCUCCUCCAGGGUCCCGCCACACAGCCCUGGGGCCCCGCUCGGCCUCCCUGCUCUCCCUGCAGACUGAGCUCCUUCUGGACCUGGUGGCUGAGGCCCAGUCCCGCCGCCUAGAAGAGCAGAGGGCCACCUUCCAUCCCCCCCAGAACCGUCCAAGCCUAGGCCAAGCCCCGCCCCGGCCUCUUGAGGACAGAGAACAGCUCUACAGCACCAUCCUCAGUCACCAGAGCCAGCGGAUGGAAGCCCAGCGGUCAGAGCCUCCCUUACCCCCAGGGGGACAGGAGCUCCUGGAGUUGCUGCUGAGAGUUCAGGGUGGGGGUCGAAUGGAGGAGCAAAGGUCCCAGCCCCCCCCACACACCUGCUGAGACUUGAGCCCCACCAGCCCCUCUGCACUCCUGCGGCUCAAAAGCUGGGCAGCCCACUGCAUGCCCUCAACCCUGCCAGGCAGGGGCACCAGAGACUGGAAGACCCAGCAGAAAUCUCAGUAUUCAUCGCCCUCAUCCACCUUUCCUGGGAACUGGAGCGGGUGAAAUCCUCAAACCCUGGGAAUAGUCAAGGUAGGAUGGACAUUGAACUCCCUCCAUGACCAAGUAUGUAGGAGCUUGAGGCCAUGAGAGGAUCCCAGCCACAGUGGGACACCUCACCCUCUCCUCUGAUCUCAGGGAGUGGCUGGGAGUCUUGGUCCUGAACUGUGGGGACAUCCCCCGUAGUCAAGCCACCAGGCAGGAUCUGAGGUGCUCAUUUCCCAGAGGAAAGGCAAAUCUCCCAAGGUUUUCACCUGAGAGACAGUUCCACCCUCCUUCUCAGUAAGAAGAAAGGAAGAGAGGGCACAGCAAAGACAUAAAGACUGUUCUCCCACCUCCAUCACCGGCACACCCAGCCCCUGGACUGAGGGGCCUACAGGCUGUGAAUGGACAUUUAGCCCUGCCCACCCUCCCUUCCCACUGCUGUUCUGAGCUGUCUGAUGUUUGGUUAUAUGAAUAAAUGUAAUUCCCCUCUGGA